AUGAAGUACGCUAAGCACCAAGAGUUCCUGAACCUGGAGCAAGGCGACAUGACCGUGGAGCAGUAUGACGCUGAGUUCGAUAUGCUAUCCCGUUUUGCCCCUGAUGUAGUGAAGGAUGAGGAGGCCAAGACUGAGAAGUUCAUUAGAGUGGCUAGCUUUAAGUUUAAGGGGGCAGGGACUAUAGUCCUAUCUAAAGUCAUUUCAGCUUUGAGAGCCUGUAAGCUACUAAACCAGGGUACUUGGAGUAUCUUGGCCAGCGUAGUAGACACUAGAGAGUCAAAAGUUUCCUUGUCAUUUGAGCCGGUGGUGAGAGAAUACCCCGAUGUUUUCCCUGAUGAGCUUCUAGGACUUCCACCUCCCAGGGAGAUAGAUUUCGCCAUCAAAUACGGGCAUUACGAGUUCAUUGUGAUAUCCUUUAGUUUGACUAAUGCUCAUGCCACAGAGGUAGAGCAUGAGGAAUAUUUGCAUCAAGUUUUGGGGACUCUUCGAGCUAAUAAGCUUGAUGGAGUUUCUGUAGACCCAACAAUGAUUGAAGCUAUUACUAGUUGGCCUCGACCCUCUACUGUCAGCAAGGUUCAUAGUUUUCUGGGUCUAACAGGUUAUUACAGGAGGUUCGUGGAAGGCUUCUCUAGUGUAGCUAGUCCCUUGACUCAGUUGACCAGGAAGGGACUCCAUUUGUUUGAAGGCCAACUUAGGAUUAUUGUUGCUCAGCUAAAUGAUCCUUAUUUGGUCGAGAAGCAUCGAUUGGUAGAGGUAGGGCAAGGUGAGGAUUUCUCCAUAUCCUCUGAUGAUGGACUUACGUUUGAUAAGCGUUUGUGCAUGCCAAAAAACAGUGCAGUCAAGACAGUGCUUUUGUCUGAGGCUCAUAGUUCUCCAUUUACCAUGCACCCUGGAAGUAUGAAGAUGUACCAAGACUUGAGGCGUGUUUAUUGGUGGAGAAACAUGAAAAGAAAAGUGGUAGACUUCGUCAGUAGAUGUUUGGUGUGCCAGCAGGUGAAGGCACCUAGACAGAAGCCAGUAGGGUUGUUGCAACCCUUGAGUGUGCCAGGAUCAAAACGGGAGAGCGUGUCGAUGGGCUUUAUGACAGGACUACCAAGAACUUUAAAGGGUUAUACAGUGAUCUGGGUUGUUGUCGAUAGGCUCACAAAGUCAACCCAUUUCAUUCUAGGGAAGUCCACUUACACUGCUAGUAAGUGGGGACACUAUCAGGCCACCAUUGGUAUGGCACCGUUUGAAGCUUUGUAUGGUAGGUGUUGUAGAUCUCCUGUUUGUUGGGGAGAGAUCGGUGAGCAGAGGCUGUUAGGCCUUGAGCUAGUGCAGACCACCAAUGCAGCCAUACAGAAGAUUAGAGCACGCAUACUGACAACACAGAGCAAACAGAAGAGUUAUGUCGAUGUACGACGUAAGGAUAUCAAGUUUGAUGUGGGAGAGAUGGUAUUUUUGAAGGUAGCACCUAUGAAGGUUCAUGACGCGUUUCAUAUCUUUAUGCUGAGGAAGUAUGUAGCAGAUCCGGCGCAUAUAGUUGACUUCGAACCAUUGCAAAUUGAUGAGAACUUGAGUUACGAGGAGCAGCCUGUUGAGAUUUUGGCAAGGGAGGUCAAGAUGCUCCGUAAUUGA